AUGGUUUUGGGUAUAAAGAAGGAUUCCACCACCAAGGUAUUACUUGUUGGGAACAAUCCAAAUAUAUUAUUCUAUACAUCUAGAUUCCAACAAGGUAAGUCAAUUGAACUGUAUCAUGUUAGCGACUCGAAAUCAAACAUAUAUGAUAUUGAAACAGAGACCUAUGGUAACAAACAUUUGGUAAUUGAUAAUCAUUUCACCUCUAUUGCCCACCUGACCGAAGCACUUGGUGAAACCGAUGAAACAAAGGAACUCAAAUUAGAUUUGAUAAUCUUAAGUGCAAAGUCAUUAAAGGAUUUAUCCUCUAUGCCUGAACAAUUAAAACCUCUAUUCUCAAAGAAAACAAAGAUUGUUAUAGAGAGUAGUGGAUUCAUCCAGUUAGAAUCAUUCUUAAGAAAUGCAAAAGAAGUUACUGGCCUGGAUGUCUUUGCAAUUGCAACUAACUAUGAUAUUCGUCAAGUGGCUAACAAUCAUAUCAAGGAAUUUAAAAAUAAUGAUAAUAAUAAAAAUAAUAUAUAUAUCGGUGGAAAGACAACAAACGUCUCUACAACCAAGAAAAAGAACCCCCUAUCCUUAAAAGAUCCUUCCAAGUAUCCAUCUGAUGUAAUGAAGUCCCUAAACUCAUUAGAAACUUUACUACAAGAAUUAUUCCCAUCAGACACUAUCUCCAAUUGCCAUAAAUCAUACACUGAUUUCCUCUCUAUGCAAUGGAACAUGGCCAUCCCUAAAAUAUGUUUAGACUCAUUAUUGAUUAUAUUCGAAGAAACCGAUUCCAAAAAAUUAGUGGAAGAAGUGUUGGCCAAGCCACUAAUUUCUGGUAUUAUAACUGAAUUAAUCACUAUAAGUAAGAAUAUGAAUGUGAAACUGGACCCUAACAUGGAAAACGAAAACAAAUUGAUUAGUACUUGGUUGAAGGAAUAUAAGAGCGAAAAAAUUCCUUCUCUUUUAUACACUUUUAUUCAACGUACUUCUGAGUUAAAUUUGGAUCUAUUAAUAUUACAACCUAUCCUAUUAGCAGACGACUUCAAUAUUAAGACACCAUAUUUGGAAUUCUUAUACACAACCAUGUCCCAAUUGGAAAAAUUGAAUAAUGAUUCAUCAGAAUGGUUUGUUCGUGCAGAGAAGGUUCAAAGUUAUAAACAACAAUUAGUCACCAUGACGAAAUCAAGAGACCAAUAUAGUAAUGACUUUAAGAACCUGACUUUAGAUCUAGAGAAAAACAAUAACAACUUAAAUGAAUUGAAAGGUAAUGAAAUGUAUUUGAAAAAUCAAUUAUCAAUUAGAGAAACCGAGAUACAUAAAUUGAAAGACGAAUACGAAAUUAUCCUUCAAGAAAAGAACAGAGAAAUCGAAAAUUUGAAACAUUCUUUGAGGAACACAUCAACCAAUAAUGGUAAUUCAAGGGUCAUCAACUCACCUAUCACCGACCAGUUUGUUGAUCAUGACGAUGACAAUGACCAUAACGAUGACAAUGACGAAUUCAAGAGUAUUCAUGAAACAUCCGAUUUAGCUAUGGAAGGCGAUAGUUCAGCAUUGGCAAACAGUAGCACCAUGGACGCCGACAGAUCUUUAACUACAAGAGAACAAAUUUUGCUACAAAGAGAAAAAGAGCUGCAAGAACGUCAAGAUGCAUUCGAUAGACGUCUCGUUUCACAACAACGUUCCCCACAGUUCCAAUCUCCUUUGCAAUAUCCAACACAACUUCAAGCCUCACCAGCCCUAUAUCAUAACAAUAACACUGCGUUCUCAGCUCAACCACCGAUGCAUAAUCUGCCACAUAUAAGGACUAUGACCCCACCAGAUAAAUCUGUUCCUGUGUUUAGUCCGUACGGCAACAAUAAGUCUGGUGGAAAUACCCCAACUAUGACUGUUGACAAAUUUGUUGAUCCAAUUUCUUCAGGUAAUUUAGAAAUGAAUUCAUCAUUCGAAAGCCCAGAUAUGAGAUCCCAUCCUAUUGUAAGAACAAAUAGAAAAAACAGAAUGAAUAGAAACACCACUUUAGGUAAUGCAUCUAGUACUAGUUUAGGUGCUGUGAUGAAUCAAAUGCCAAAUAAUGGAUAUAUGCCGGAUAGAUCCUUCUCAGGUAACAGUACCACGAUGAAUACAUCUGGAACUAGUCUAAAUAUGAUGAAAUCUAAAAAUAACAAUGGUAUAGAUAUGCCAAGACCAACGAAAUUGCACAACUUCACCGGUUCUCCAGAUUUAUAUACCCCUACAAAACCAAAUAAACCUGAAAUGUUCAAGGAUUCGUCGGCAAAUACUACUACUAUUUCUAGUGACGAAGUUAUCAUUAAGAAACCUGUUAUGCAAUUUGGCUUAGGGAUUCACUCUCAAACAGAAUUGGUUACACCAUUAGAUAAGACCACCAUCCCUACCAAUAUGGAACCAACACCAUUUAAUGGGUCUCAUAACGUUUCAAAAGAAGAUGUAUCCAAUGAUAUCGAAGAAGCAGAAGCAAAUACAUCCAAGGACAGUACCAAGAAGAAGAAAUUGAAAUUUGGUUUAUUUGGUAAAAAGAAAAACAAGGACAAGAAAUAA